UAUUCCGUGGUACACGUGAAGGCAACAUAGGAGUUCCGCCGUGACGUGAUGGAAUCAGUCAGCUGAGGAGGAGGAACUGAGAACAGAGAAAAGUGAACCAGGAAACAGGCGCUGCUUAACUGACCUACGGUCCUGCUCUGACUGCCAAACAGUGUUAGCGACCAGGGAAAAACACAUAAAACAAGAACACUGGUUGUUUUUUAAUUUAGCUCAUUAUAAAGCGGCACCAUGGCUUCCCUUUUCAAGAAGAAGACAGUGGAUGACAUAAUCAAGGACCAGACCAGGGAGCUGCGUGGGACUCAGAGACAGAUCACAAGGGACAGAACAGCACUGGAGAGACAAGAGAAACAAAUGGAGGCCGAGAUCAAGAAAAUGGCAAAGAGCGGUAACAAGGAGGCGUGUAAAAUCCUGGCCAAGCAGCUGGUGCAGCUCAGGAAGCAGAAAAACCGAACGUACGCCGUCAGCUCCAAGGUCACCUCCAUGUCCACGCAGACCAAGGUCAUGAACUCCCAGAUGAAAAUGGCAGGUGCCAUGUCCACCACGGCCAAGACGAUGCAGGCCGUGAACAAAAAGAUGGAUCCACAGAAGACGCUGAAGACCAUGCAGGACUUCCAGAAGGAGAACAUGAAAAUGGGAAUGACUGAAGACAUGAUCAACGACACAUUAGACGAGAUCUUUGAUGAAUCUGAGGACGAGGAAGAAUCCCAGAGCAUCGUCAACCAGGUGCUGGACGAGAUCGGCAUCGAGAUCACAGGAAAGAUGGGGAGGGCUCCAGCUGCUGGGAAGAGUCUCCCCGGCGCCACAGCGGCCAAGAGUUCCACCAUCUCUGACGACGAGAUUGAGAGACAGCUCCGAGCUCUGGGAGUAGACUAAUUAUCCACCAUUGUGUCGGCGCUCACUCUCUGACCCAGUGCAACAGUAGUACUGAUUGAUGUAGACUGUCAAGACAUGUUGAUUUUUGUCAUGGGUUUGAAUGCUACAGGUGUAAGAAAGGUACACACACACACACACACAUGCAUACACAAACAUGGAUUUUUCACAUUCUUCAGCCGGUUGCUUUCAAGACAGUGGAGACGAAACAUCAAAUUUAUUUAUGCAAAAAAAAAAAUCAUAUUUAUUCUGAAAUCAAAUUUGAUUUCAGUUUGGUGGAAAAUCAACAAUAAAUGCUUGAAGAACCAGAACAGCACACACUUCUGUUGGCCAAUCGUCCCCACAUACAAGGGCUACGCUGUUUGGUGUUUUCACUUUAAAUUUUUAAACUGCUAUCUUUGUUAGCAUCACUUAAUUAACACUCAGAGUCUCUCUUUCUCUCUCUCUCUCUCUUUCUUGCAAAUUGUCAGGAUUUUUUUUCUAUCCUCUAACGUGUAAGAGAAUAGAAAAAAACCCCAGCUGUGCUGCUGUAUCGGAUUUGACACAAACACACACACAUACACACACACACACAUUUUAUCCUUUCUAGUAAAAGGUGUAAUAACACGGUGGAAAACUGUCACUUUGCAAAGUAAACAAACCUGUAAAUGACUUUUAAUUAAUGAGCUAGUUUUCAGUUGCACUGCGACACACAGUAAUGACAUACAUAUGCAUGGAAAAUGUGUUACUGAGAACUAAUCAGGCCCUGGGAUCGCAGCCCGACCUUCACUGGCAUGAGCCGGUGAACGCGGCUGAUCCGAGGGUGAAGUGACGAGCAUCAAAUUAGCACCGCCGCUAAAGUUGCAAUUCUGGACAGACUGUGUAGAAAUGUAGAAGGUUUAUAUAUGUAUAAACUCUCAAUAUAAGACCUGAAUAUUGACGAGAUAGGAAUCGAACGUCUGACCUUUUUACUACUGACUUUUCUGUGUUUGUGUCCUUGUCCUGAUGCCUGCUGUUUGACUCUUGAGUUCUGCGUUGGAUUUGGGAUUUUAAUCUGCGAUUGCAUGGAUGGAUGGAUGGAUGGAUGGUUGGCACUGGUCCUGCAGUCGCUUCUGUCUUUCAGCUGCUGUGCAGUUACUUUCAAUUGUUAUGUUUUGAGCUGCCUCGUGAACACACACACACACGUACACGUGCACCCAGACACACUACAGCGACGAAAUAGGAAACGUGUUUACUAAAGUCUCACUGUGAUCCUGGAGAUCUUCUCUCAGAGAUUUGUUAUCGUCGGCUCCAUUAACAGACGCCUCUUCCUUCAGCUCAUUGCCAAAAUAUAAACAAUAAAAAGGUUUUCAACCCUGUAUACAGUACGUUCUCAGCCUUUCCCAAGUUUAUGAAAUGGGCAGAAGUAUGUUUUUUUUUUUUUUUUGUUGGUGCAAUUUCAUAAAAAAACAAAUCGGUUUUCAAAACUGAAAAAAUGACAUGAAUACUCUUUCUUUUCUUUCCUUCUUUGUCAUUGUUUAAUGACUCUGUAAAGGGUUUAUGGCUUUUAUAAGGAAUAAAGUUUCUUCAGGUAUUAUUG